GGAGAAACCACCUCCUUCAACUCCUUAACCCUAUUAUGUAGAUGAGGAGACCCCAGCAAGAAAAAUCCCUGAUCCCGGAAUCAGGAGGACCAACGAUCAGACAGUAACUAGCUUUAUUCCUGGGCAAGUGACUUCACCUUUCUCAGCCUCAAUCUUCCUAUCUGUAAAAUAGGGAUGAUAAUAGCCCUUAGCUCUCAAUGUUGCUGUGAAGAUCAGGUCACCGCCUUUCGGCGGAAGCCUCGGGAUUCGAACCCGCAGGUCCCCGACAAACGGGAGCCGAGGCGUCCUCUGGACACCACGUCACGCGGUGCGGGCGGGAGAGCGCGGGCUGAGCGGGUCGAUCGUGGAGGCCCGGAGCCAGCAGGACCGGGAGAGAUCUCCGCAUGCGCUUCCUGGGGACUGGAGAGCGGAAUCGUGAGAUGCCCCGGGAGCUCUGCUGGGGACUACACGGAUCGAAGGAAAAGAGGCUUAAAAAUCCUCUAGUUUGGGCUAAAGCACAUCAGAAUUGUUAACUUUUCUCCUAGAAGGCAAGUUGGGAAUUCGAACCCAGCAGCACGGUUUCUCAUCCUAGCAGGGGGCGCUGACGCCGCCGUUCCUCCACCGCUAUCCACCACCCGGGCCUACUUUCUAAGCGCAGCACCUUCUGGAAGAUGGUGGCUCUAGGCCCGCCAGCGCGCACGCUGCGGGCCCUCUUGCGGGAACUGCGGCACUUGAACUCGGUCAGAGGCCAGCCCUACCAGGACAUGGCAGCCUAUCGGUAUCUCAUGGAGGCCUUUCGGGCGCACCGGGUCACCAGUGAGAAGCUCUGCAGAGCUCAACAUGAGCUACACUUCCAAGCUGCUACCUACCUUUGUCUCCUUAGAAGCAUUCGGAACCAUGUGGCCCUUCACCAGGAAUUUCAUGGCAAGGGUGAGCGUUCUGUGGAAGAGGCUGCUGGUGUGGUGGGUCUCAAGUUGCCCCACCAGCCUGGAGGGAAGGGCUGGGAGUCUUGAGAAUGGAAAGAUUCACUGGAUGUUGCUUUCAUACAAGAACUUCACAAUUAUCUCUGUUUUUCAACUUCUGUUGGUCAUUAAACUUAAAAAUGAGUGUUCACAAA